AAUAUCAUUGAUGGAAGUCUUGAUACUUUCUGCCCAACAACUGGAAUGUUUCCUCAAGAAUUCAUCAUCACUUUCAGUGCAUUAAUGAGCAUUGGAAAUAUUAAAUUCCUAUCUUCAAAUGUUAAAAGCCUCUGCAUUGAGAAAAGCACAAAAACGUAACCAGUAGACUUUGAACCUCUUGUGGACAACAGUAAAAGAAGCCAUAGAUAUGUUAUUGAAAAUGUUGCUGUUCAUCCUGGUUACUUAAAGAUUCCUGUUACAUCAGCAUGUCAUCUGAGAUUUCUUAUCAAAAGUGGACUUGAUCAUUUUGUUUCCAUUCAUAAUGUCAGUGUUGAUGGCACAACUGUGUACUGAACUUCAGUCUCUACAUUCAAACAAGCUGUGUAUCUAAGGAAAUACUUGUGCGUAAAUGAACUAAAUAAUUAUAGUAA